AAAUGCAGCGAAAGUUGAGACAAGAGAUUGAGACACAAAUCGGAGACCGAAUGCCAACACAUGAGGACAGGAAUCGAUGCCAUUAUGUCAUGGCUUUCAUUACGGAAACACUGAGGUUCAGGAAUAUAACUCCAAUGGGUGUCCCACAUAAGGCUGUCGUCCAGAGUACUAUCGGUAAAUAUACGAUCCCUGAAAAUAUGGGAGUUUUUGUAUACCAAGGAAUAUGUUGUCGUAACGAUGAUGACUGGCAAAAGGGGUCUGAGUUCCGGCCCGAGAGGUUUCUGGACAGUGAGAGACAGUUCAUGACUACCCGUCCAAAGGCGUACAUCCCGUUCGGUGUGGGACGACGUGUUUGUUUGGGCGAGAAGUUAGCCAUCGCUGACCUCUUCCUAGUUUUGGUCAGAUUUCUGCAGUCGACCCAAGACUACGAUAUAGUCCUCGACAGUAAUUGUGGUAUUGAUGCCGACCCUAACAUCGCCGACGCUUUC